AGCUCAGUUCAGUUGCAUUGCAUGAAUGUCUCGCAGUGAGACGCAAGCGAUCGUAAAAAAGCGCAGGACUCAAUCUGUGUGUGUAUGAGGAGGGCAAACUCUGAUCACUGGGAAUCUAUAACAACAACACUGAGAUUUAACGACGACACUCAGCCUCCGGGCUCAGGGGCUCAAAGUGAAAUGCGCGACACAUCGUUUAUUCCUCUGCUUGUUUUUGGACUGGGAUCUGAACUGAUCUGAUUGCGAUACUCCAGUCUGUCCUUGGAUCUUCAGCGUGUGCGCGUUUAUGCACGAGUGUGUGUGUGUGUGUGUGUGUGUGUGUGUGCGCGCGCGUGCAUGAGUGUGUAACCUCAGCACAUUUUGUUGGAGGGGUAUUUCUUCUGAGGGGGGGUAUUUCUGGUGUCUCUUUUGGAUGUAUGGGAUGUAUCUGGACCGGACUGGACCCUUUGGGGGGGUAACAAUGUGGGUAACUGGGAUGUGGAAACCAACAGGACCCUGAGGCUGAUGUAAACGCCCUUCCUGACUGCCUCAGCCCUCUGAGAAGGUCAGAGCUCCCUGUGGCACGCUUGGGCCGUUGGCACUAAGAUGUCCCUCAGUAGUGGCACUGCAGGCGGGAAAGGUGUGGACUCGAAUGCGGUGGACACUUACGACAGUGGGGAUGAGUGGGAUAUCGGUGUAGGCAACCUAAUCAUUGACCUCGACGCUGACUUAGAGAAAGACAAGCUUGAAAUGUCUGGCACCAAGGACGGGGACGGAAUGGCAGCAGCGCCUAGCGCCGUAGCGGCGUUGCCUGACAACAUCAAGUUCAUUAAUCCUGUGCCGCCUCCGCCCAUCAAAGACAGCAAAUCCAAAGCUAAACGUAGCAAGAAUUCCAAGGACAGUAGCAAAUCUUCAACCCCUGACGGGUCUAAGAAAGACACUCAGGGGCCGACCCCCAACGAAGGCACCGGGCCGGUCUCGGGAAGCAGUUCCACGACGGUACCCGCCUCCGGUAAGGGAUCGGAUAAAGGUGUUAAGGCCUCCCGUGGUGUUCCUAGUGGAAAAAAGGACAAAGAAAGUUCCGGGAAAAGUAAAAAGGAGAAAAGCGACAGAGUUCAAGCUGGGACCCUGCCCCCAGAGAAGGACAUGGUGACUCAGGUUUUGCCUCUGGGGCAGGCCCGCAGUGCCCCGUUUGAUGGGGUGCAAAAUACGGACAGUGCUGAACAAUUAGGGAAUAUAACCCUCGAUGCUGCUGGAAUAGUCGCACCCUUAGCUAUCAAAAGCGAACCCGAGGAAUUGGACAAUAUUGACUGCAGGAACAUGAAGAAAGUCAAAAGUGAGAAGAUGGAGUCUCCAGUGUCUACACCGGCACCACCACCUCUUCACCUCAUUGCACCUGUAGGCAACAGUGACAUCUCCUCCUCAUGUGAACAGAUCAUGGUCCGCACGCGUUCGGUGGCCGUCAACACCUCUGACGUUUCUCUAGCCACUGAGCCUGAAUGUCUGGGUCCAUGUGAACCUGGUACCAGUGUGAACCUGGAGGGCAUAGUCUGGCAGGAAACUGAGGAUGGUAUGCUGGUUGUAAAUGUUACCUGGAGGAACAAAACCUAUGUGGGCACCCUUUUAGACUGCACUCGACAUGACUGGGCACCUCCACGGUUCUGUGAGUCACCCACAAGUGAUUUGGAGAUGAGGAAUGGCCGUGGACGGGGCAAGAGAAUGAGACCCAAUAGCAAUACGCCAGUCAAUGAAAACAGCAAUUCUUCUGAUAAUAAAGGCAGCAACAACAGCAAGACUCGAGCUGCAUCGAACAAUAAGGGGCGACGGGGCAGUCAGAAUUCCUCUGAACGUCGCACUCCGCCAAACAGUAAUAUAGAGGAUGUAAAGACUAGUCCAUCAUCUGCUAACAAACGCAAGAACAAACCUGCUUCAGACAUGGAACCCAACUCAAGUUCAGAGGACACAAAGGGUAGCAAACGUAUGCGUACCAAUUCAAAUAGCGGAAUACCUCACCCUGUUCUUCCACUCUCCAACAUCAAAGCAGAACCCUUGCCCCCCUCUUUGGAUCGCAACUGCCCUUCACCGGUGCUCAUAGACUGUCCCCAUCCCAACUGCAACAAAAAAUACAAGCACAAAAACGGCCUGAAGUAUCACCAAGCUCGUGCUCACAAUGACGAUGACCUCAAGCUGGACAUUGACGGUGAUAGUGAGUAUGGCGAGGACUCCACCUUGCACCCAGAGGCGAGCAGUUGCAAUGGUGCAUCUAUUUCCCAGAAGGGCUGUUCUUCUCCCGCACGGUCGAUCACCCCAAAAGGCAGAGGAUUCGAUGCCCAAAGCCCAUCACCGUCAUCAGGAAAGUUCAGCUCUAAGCAGCCUGGCAAGAAGAAGCUGGAGGCCGAGCAUGACGCAGGUGUGCCCAUGGACGGCUGUGAGGAUGGCCCAUGCCUUACAGACGAGGCGAGUAAUGAUGGCAUUGAUGAUAAGAAAGAUAAAGCCAAGAAGUCUGGAAGUGGUGCGAAGGCAGACAAGCUUGCUCAGAAGGGAAUGAAGUCCACAAAGCCCCUUGGUCCCUCUUUACCUCCACAACAGUUGUACGGCUUACCAACUUCUGGCUUCCCUGCCCCCAAUUCUGGCUCUUCAAGUAUGGGCUCUGUUGUCCAGUCCGUUAGCAAGAGUCCCCAACUAAAAACCAUUCAACCCAAACCUGCAGUAACGGGAGAUCCCUCGAUAAACCCAGCUUCGAGCGGCUCGAAGGACAAGAAGAAGAAAGAGAAGAAAAAGAAGGAGGGUGUUAAGGAAGGGGACAGUCCAAAGGCCCCUGGAAAAGGAGGAAAACCUGAAGAAGGUAAAAGUCCAUAUUCUGAAAGCUCAGACCAAGGCAGUAGGAGCGAGGGCAUGUUAAAUGGUUCCUCAGAUCCACAUCAAAGUCGGCUAGCCAGUAUGAAAGCAGAGGCGGACAAAAUCUACAGUUUUUCUGACAAUUCUCCAAGUCCAUCCAUUGGUGUGGCUAGUCGGAUAGACAGCGGGGGGAUGCCACAACCUCUCACUCCACUUCAUGUGGUUACCCAAAAUGGGGCAGAUAACUCUUCUGUGAAGACCAACAGCCCAGCAUACUCGGACAUUUCUGAUGCAGGGGAGGAUGGAGAGGGCAAGGUAGAGGGCAUGAAGGUUAAGUCUGAGGAUCAGACUGCUCGAGAAGGUGCCAAGAAAUCACUUUUCCCAUCCCAGCCACCCAACAAAGAUUCCACUUACUAUCCCAAUUAUGAAACGUACUAUUCGCCCAAUUAUGGCAACCCAAACCCCAGUCCAGGAGUCUCUAAUGCUGCCACAUCACUGCAAGAUGGUGCAGUGAAGGUGAAAAAAGAGGAAGACCUAGAACCAGUUAUUGAGAAGGCCAAAUCUGAGCAACCUGAAGAACGAAAGCCUGACAUUAGUGCAUCCCCUCAACAGCAACAACAGCUGCAGCCUUCAGUCAUUCAGCAGCGUUCUAGCAUGUUCAUGCAGCCACUUUAUUACAAUCAGUAUGCAUAUGUACCUCCAUAUGGCUAUGCCUCCCCAGAUCAGGCGUAUCAUAACCAUAUGAUGAGCACAAACCCAGCUUACAGGCAACAGUGUGAAGACCGACAGCGGCAAGCAGCUGAGCAGCAUCGUGCCGCUGAGAAAAAAUCAGAUGCUGCUCAAAAAGACAGGGAAGCCUCCCUAAAGACUGAAGAAUGGAAGCAGAAAGCUUCAGUUCCCCCUAGCUUGUCUAAAGCUCCAAGCCUCUCAGACCUAGGUAAGCCUUCCCCACAGGGCAAGCCCAAAGAUCCCUCAGAACCAAGCAAGUCAGUCAUUAUCCCCAAAGUGGAAGAUGGCAAAGGCCAGACUCAGCAGAGUGAGGGCUUGAAAAUGAAGCUCAGUGAAACAGGGCAUCAUGGAAAGGAGGAGCAAAAACCAGGCCUUGAGUCUGGAAGAUCAGCUAUGGAGCAGGCCAUGUACAUGUAUCGACAGGAGCCAGACUCACGACUGUGGCCCUACGUUUAUCCCAGCAAGUAUCCUGAUGCUCAGAAACAGAUCGACGAGGAGAGAUGGAAGGAAGAUAGAGAACGUGAGCGGGAACGAGAACGCGACCGCGAGCGAGAAAGGGAUCGAGAUCGGGACAGAGAACGUGAAAGAGAACGUGAAAGAGAUAGAAAGGGAAAAGAUGAAAGGCCACGCCAUAAAGACACUCCCUCUAAAGAGGAAAGCAAGGAAAGUGUGGAGCCGAGAACCUCGUCAGCUUCAGAGGAGCACAGAGGAGUCGGCAAAGAUCCACGGGCACACAUACAGUUUUCCUCACCUCUGCAGCAGCACCAGUAUAUGUCCUACAUGCACGGAUAUCCCUAUGCUCAAGGUUAUGAGCCCAGCCAUUCAGGUUACAGGAUGCCCACAGUCAUGAUGCAAAACUACCCUGGGUCGUACCUUUCGCCAGGAUUCUCGUUCUCUCCAUAUGGCUGUAAGAUGCCCUCUGGUGAGGAGGGUGAGAAGUCUCGUGCCAGUCCUACAGUGAGCAGCAAGUCUGAGUCCAAAGCUUUGGACAUCCUGCAUCAGCAUGCAAGCCAGUAUAAAAGCAAAUCGCCAACAGUUGGUGAAAAGAUGCCUCAUGAAAGAGACAGAAGCGGGAGUGACAGGGAUAAAGACGGUGAACGCCCAAGAUCUUCACCCUCACAGCGGCUCAUGCCUUCCCACCAUCACCUGGGCUACCCGCUACUCCCAGGGCAGUACGACCUGUCCUAUGCUGCAGGUAUUUCUUCUUCAGCCAUUGUUGCCAGUCAGCAAGCCUCUGCCCCCUCAAUCUACCCCCCACCACGGAGGUGAGAAUGGGAGAAGUGACUGGCUGCUUUUCCACAGACAUGUGACUGGUUCACAUGAGGACAUGGUGUUGAGCGUAUGGCAUCAGUUCAAUGAUGUUCCUGAUUUCUUUCCGAUUCCUUUUUUUUUUUGGUGUCUUUGACCGCCCACCAUUGUCAGAGAGAGAAAGUGGAAACCCAGCUGAACUCCCCAACACCUGCGCUCACAUCUGGAUGUGCGUUUAUAUCCAGACGCUCCUCUCUCUGUGCUGCUGGCUCCAUACUCAGGAGAGAGGAGAUGCGGCCCGUCUUCAUUCGAUGCGCAAAUGGACCUGAGUUUGGGACAUUUUGAAUGAUAUUCUGGAAGUCACUACGUUAUUUUGUGUUAAAGCCUGGGCUUUUAUGAACCGCUGCUCUAGAGGAUUACAAUUUUUUGGGCAUCUUUGUUGUCGCCUUUCAGCUUUCUACAUAUACCAUGUCACACUCUCUGUGGACUCUAUGCAAGUGGAUUAAGCUUGAUUUUCUCACUUCAGUCAGGGCACUAAACUCGGUUUGUGUUACAUUUAAAGCUUUCCAGUCCACACAAUUGAGCUGAUAGACCACACAUCUGUUUUGUUCAGGAUGCACUUGCCUUUCAAACGUUUAUUAUUUUCUUUUUUUUUAUUAUGGAUGAUUAACAAAUCACCCACAGUCACUCCAUUACUUGUUUAAGCACUGGACAUUUGCUUUGCAAAAGCAGCAGUAGAUGGGCUUUUUCUUCAAAAAGACGACAAUUAUUUCAGCGAUGGUCUGUAUUUCAGUUCUGUGACAUUUGGAUCAUCUGGGUUGUGGAGAAAGAUGAAGCAUUGGUUGCUCUCUGACAUGUGGUGUCCCCAAAGGCAGGACCUUCAGAUUGGAUUUACGUGGAGUUUAGUCCUGUUUUUUGUUGCUGUACCAUGCGGCAUACAUGUAUGGACACAUUGGGAUGCAUUGAUAUGUUGCUUGUGACUCUCAAGACAGCUUAAAGCGAUCUGAGUAAGAUAACCCCAAGUGCAAGUUGUCAGUCCACACUGAUCCACAAAAGACCCGAGCUAUAAACUCGCUCGCUGCCUACUGCUGUCGGGUUCCCUCACUUUCGUCUUUGUGUUUGCAUGGUAAUAAUCCAGCACUCAGUUAAAGCAUUAACCCAAACCGAGAGCAAUGUGACCUGUGCGGGCGCCUUUACUUUACUUUUCUCCCCUCACUAUGUGCUUUCUGUAUAUAUUGUACAAAGGAAUUAUUUUAAAAAAGGUUGUUGGAUGCUAUCGGAUUUUCUUACUUUCUCUCUUUCGUCUGUUAGCCUUUUUUCUACCAUUGUUGACAAAAUAUAUCAACAUGUAGCUGAUAUAACAACUUUAUAUUGGAAGGUUUUUUUACUAAUUUUUCUACCCCUCCUCUUCAAAGCCAAGUCAGUCCCACUCCGCUUUGAACCAUUUGGCCUGGUGAUGGUGCGUUCAAACAGCAGGAGGAAGUGUUGGAAAAGAAAUAUCCAGAGUUGGGUGCUAUCCUAAGCUUAUUUUUGCCAGUAAAUCAUCACUUGUGUCAAUCUUAAUCUCUCAGGAGAGCAUUCAUAAAAUUACAGCCCUUUUAAAGGAAUACAUCAGCCAAAAAUGAUAUUAAAGCCAUGAUUUACUCACCCUCAAGUAGUGCUGCCUCACGAUUAAUCGCGACUAAUAAUUUGCAGAAUAAAAGUUUUUGUUUACAUAAUAUGUGUGUACUGUGUAUAUUAAUUAUGUAUAUAUAAGUACACACACAACACACGCAUGUAUAUAAUUAAGAAACAUUUGCAUGUGUAUAUACAUGUUUAUAUUUACAUAUAAUUGAUAUUAUAUAUGAAUAUAAAUAUUUGUUAUAUAAAUAUAUUUUUUCAUUAAAUUAUACAUGUGUGUGUGUGUGUGUGUGUGUAUUUAUAUAUACAUAAUUAUUAUACACAGUACAAACACAAAUCAUAUGUAAACAAAAACUUUUAUUCUGCAAAUGAUUAGUCACGACUAAUCGUGAGGCAGCACUACCCUCAAGCCAUCUAAGAUGUCCAUUAUUUUUCAGACAAACUCAUUUUUUGUUAUUUUAGAAAAUGUCAGUUUUUAUAAUAUAUGAAUAUGGGGUCCUCCUCCUUCAAGCUCAAAGAUUGUGCAUCCAUUCUUCAAAAACGUUAUCCAAAUGGCUCAAUGAGGAUAAACAAAGGCCUUUUGAAGGUAACCCAUGCACUUUUGUCAUAGAAAUAUCCAUAUUUAAAACUUUACAAACUAAAUAACUAGCCUCUCUCCUGAAUGCAGAGGCGUCUAAGAUGGUGGUGUUACGGGAAGCUAGUUAUUUUAAUUUGUAAAGUUUUAAAUAUGGAUAUUUUUAUGACAAAACCGCAUGUGUUACCCUAAGAAAGCCUUUGUUUAUCCUCAUGAAGCCGUUUGGAUGACUUUUGUGAAGGAUGGAUGCACAUUAUUUGAGCUUGAAGAAGGAGGAACACACAUUUCACAAAGAUUUGGGACAUUUUCUAAAAUAACUAAAAAUGUGUUUGUCUGAAAAAUGAUGGACAUAUGGAUCUCGGUCAGCUUGAGGGUGAGUAAAUCAUGGGGUUUCAUUUAAUUUCUUGGCCUAACUUUCCCUUUAAAAUGCUUGGAAUGUCAAUCGCUCUCAGUUUCGUGUUAGACAACAAAUUUCAAUAUAUCAUCCUUAUUGUUUAGUCCCAGUGCAGAUCACCUAUUCAUUUCCAAAAAUCUCCAGGGAAAGUUCUUCAGUCUUGUAUUUGAAUUAAAAGCAUUAUUUACUGUACCAUCACUUCCUCUUGUUUGUUUUGAACGACUGCGUUUGCUUAACACAUCAAAGUUUAAUUUUGUUGCAGGACCGGUCCGGAGGUCAGGUCUCUCUUUACCUAAACCUAAAAACAAAAGGAUACUGCAGCACUGGUCUCUCUAUAUAUAUUCAGAUGGUAAUAAUCUGACUUUUAGUUGUUCUGUGUUUAGCCGGUAAACCUGUGCUGUGUGGUGACUUGAUUUAUAAUUGUUUGAGGAAAAAGCGCUUGAUUGUUUUAAUUUAUUUUUCCAGGGUUCUUUUUUCUUUUUGUUUGUAGAAAGACCGGUUUGGUUUUAACAGGUUCACACAUUUGUUCACUAUUGUCUCAGACGGUGCUAAUAUAGUCUGCCCUGUGCGAUCAUCGCAGGAAGAGGGAAUUUACUUUUGCUUUCGUUUUCUAGUUUACUUUAGUAUUGACUCCUCCCACCACCUGUUAAGCUCCGCCCACCCCACACCCACAGAGUGCAGUGGCUCAGUGUUUGUCAUCAUCGGUACUUGAAAGAAAGAUGUUUACACUUUCUAAUGUCUGUGUGUUUGGAUACAUUUCUCUUUCCCUGCCUCUGUCCCGCUCUCUCUUCCUCGAGAUCUCUCGUGUAAAGUGUAAAUUGCUACAUUUUUUAUACAAUACUGUAACUUGCCUUUGUACAUUUAGGCAGAAAAUAAAUCUUUUUAUGAGACAAUCA